CAUCUGUUAACAACCAGCUCGAAACAUAAAAGCUUUCCUCUACCCAAAUCUUUCAUCAAGCAAAAAGGCACUCUCUCAAAGUACUUGAUCUCCUUUUUAUUUCCAUACAAUAGUAUUGCUAUAUAACUACGUACGGCUGCUUCUCUUUCGGCUUUGGGCUGGAAGCAAUAUACAUAAGAGAUUAAGAGCUAUAUAGCUAGCUAGCAAGCUGAAAAUGCCCAAGAAGAAGAGUGAUAUUGCUCGCAGAGCAUGGAACAUCUUGCGUUUGGCAUUGUUAUGGGCACGAAGGGGCGGUGUGUUCAAACGCCGUCUCAUGAUAGAACUGCGCCUUCUGCCCAAAUAUAUUCGGAGCAUUGGUCAGAGUGCUCGCCACGAUCAAAUACAUUAUGGAGAGCGCGAGCUCUCCUUCGACAAGACCCCCAUUUUCCAUGUCAAAAUGCACCGCCCGGCCUCCAUGCGGUUCCACCUGCCUAACAUUCCGUGCAUUACCCCACAAGUUGAUUUCGAUUAUGAUUUUGAUGGUGAUAUUGAUGAUGAUGUUAAUGGCUAUGAUGGUGGGAGGAAGAGUUUCCUAAAUGGUGGAGAUGAAGAAGAAGAAGAAAUAGUUCAAGAAGAUGGCUGUGGGGGUUGUGAAGAAAUGGUUACUUGCGAGGAAGAUGGGAUUGAUUUGAGAGCUGAAGAGUUCAUUGCUAAAUUCUAUGCGCAAAUGAAACUGCAGAGACAGAUUUCAUAUUUGCAGUACAAUGAGACGCAAAAUAGAGAAACAGAUUAAUCGAUCGUCGUUCGUGAAGAAUUUUGCUUCGUCUGUUCUUAAUCAAGUUUCACUUCUCUUUCUUGGUACCGGCUUUUUUUUUUUCGCAGUUCUUAUGAUAUUAUUCCGGCAUUGUGGUAAUUACGAGAAAGCUUUCAACAGGGUUUGAUUGUUUACAAGUUAAUAAAUAAGGAAAUUCAGUUUUUGAUUCA